AUGUUUCAUUUCGCAGGUGGUUCAACGGAGGGAACAAUUCCGCAUCCAAGCAAUACGCAAAUCUCUAAAGUGCAGUUUUCACCAGAUGAUAAUGGCCAGUUGCUUGCAGUUUCAAGUUGGGAAGGUACUGUCCGCAUUUAUCAUUUUCCUGCUGGUCCAGUUACUGCACUCGAGAAGCGAAUAUAUACACAUGCUAAGCCCGUUUUAGCAUGCACUUUCUUUAGUAAAAAUGAUAUUGCAAGUGGUGGUCUAGAUAACUUAAUUAAAACGUAUAACAUGGAGAGCGGUGUUGAAUGUGUUUUGGGACAUCAUGAAGCACCUGUGCGGUGCCUAGAAUAUUGCAAAGAACACAACCUGGUAGCUUCAGGAGGAUGGGAUUCUGCAGUAAUGUUAUGGGACCCACGGUCAAAAAGUUCUGCUGGGUUUGGAAAUAAUGGAGAUAAAGUUUAUGCAAUGGAUGUACACGGCAAUCGGAUUCUCGUUGGUACAAAAGAUCGUAAAAUAAUUGUAUGGGAUGUGCGCAAUCUUGGUGAACCUGAGCAGAUACGUGACAGUCCACUUAAAUUUCAAACGCGAGCUGUAAAAUGUUUUCCAAAUGGCGAAGCUUUUGUUGUUGCUUCUAUUGAAGGGCGUGUGGCAGUGGAAUAUUUUGAUAUGUCAGCAGAAGUUCAGAAAAACAAAUAUGCUUUUAAAUGUCACCGUGAAAAGGAUGAAUCUGGUACCGAAAUGAUAUACCCUGUAAACUGCAUCGAUUUUCAUCCCAUACAUAACACUUUUGUUACUGGAGGUUCGGAUGCACUUGUAAAUAUUUGGGAUCCAUUUAACAGGAAACGAAUAUGUCAACUGCAUAAGUUCGUUUAUCUAUUUAGCAUCAUGAGCGUUUCAUUCAAUGCAACCGGAACACAGUUAGCAAUCGCAGCUUCUUAUAUGAAUGAAUUGAAAGAACGCCCUAAUCCAGAACCCGAAAGUACAGUUGUAGUGAGAAAGAUCACAGAUGUGGAAGCAAGGCCGAAGUGA